UUUCAAAACGUCCUGCUGACGCACUUUAGCUUCCCACCUUCAAGGAGAUUGCAACUAUAAAAGACCCUCGCACAAGCCCGCAUGGACUCAGAGCAGCAACACACAGCCCCUUCUGCAGAGACCGGUUGGAGGACGCUUCAGAGCUACGUUGAUCCGCACCUUGUGCAGCCCACAGGAUCUCAUGGAUCAACAACAAAGACAGCAGAGGAAAGUGAGGCUGGUGGUUAUUUGCAUGGCACUGCUCUUCACAUCCAUGAUUGUCAACGCUGCCCAGAGCAAGGGACUGAGCCAUCAAAUCAGCAUCAGACAUUCCAAAAUUGACCCGGGGUGGUACAUUGCUCGUGGGGUGCGACCGAUUUCGCGCUUCGGAAAGAGGCAGGUGAAAAGUAGCAGCAAUCUGAGACCGAACGUGAAUAACCUGGAGCUGAUCCUGAACGCUUUGAGGCAACAGGAUCCAUUCGAUUCCGACCAGCAGAUGGGAGGGGACUAUACCUACUAACGACCUCUGCCGCCAGGUGCACAUCUGGGAAACAAUGGCAGAAUUCCCUCCCUACCUCACACUUUGUAUUAUUUACCCACUUGACUCUGAAACCAAGUUGCUUCUCAGCUUAGUGUGUUCACUUCCCCUGCAAAGAUGAUCCAGAACAGACCAGAUUAACCUUAUAACCACCGAUGCUCACUCCAUGUUUGCCACCAGAAGUGAUCCAGUAUAAGUCCUAAUUUGAUCCAAAAAAACUCCAAAUAUCUGCUUAGAAUUUCAAUGCAAUUUUAAACCAAUAUCUCUUACAUUUUAACAACAGCGUUAACUAAGGAGGAAGUCCUGCAAGAGCAUAUCUGUAAGAGGAUUGGCUCUAUCCAUUUAUUUUGUUAAAUACAUUGGAAAACGAUCCACAAUUUAUUUUUAAUUGUUAAUGGGAACUGUGUAGAAAUACUAAAUAUCAUUCAUUGUGAUCAUGCAGAAUUUAUGGACAUUAUAUAAAAAUUUAACAUUAAUUUAAAAAUAAACGCUUCAGUUUAAGUUGCUAAUCACUAUCCACAUUUGAUCUAUCAUUUCAACAAUAAAUAUGUUACCUUGCAACCAAGUACUUUCUUUAAAAUUAAA